GCAGUCAGUUAUUAACGAGCGCUACUCCCAACAGCAACAUCGCUCAGCGACAGCAGCAACAGCAACAGCAACAGCACGGCAGCAACACAAGUCACUCAAAGGGAGGAACAGAGAUAGGAAUACACACACACAACACACACACUCCACUCGUUUCGCUUCGUUUCGAUUCGAUUUUCAACUGUUUGAGUCGGAGAGCGGCGAACGGCCAACGAAUUCAGUUUGUGUCGAGACGUUGUCGGUGGCACGUCGCAUCCAACAGAACGCUCAUCUGGCAGAUACAAACCACAUAUAGAUACGCAAGUGCUAAACCAAAGUGAACCGUGCAGUUCCCCAAAAACAAUCAAAACAAUACCAAAUAAUUCAACAAGGGCCAAAACAGACAGUAUAAUGUCUUCCACAUCGGCCUCGCCCAUCAGCAACAUAACCGUGGAUGACGAGCUCAACUUAAGCAGAGAACAAGACUUUGCUGAAGAGGAUUUCAUAGUGAUCAAGGAGGAGCGCGAGACGAGUCUCUCCCCCAUGCUGACGCCCCCGCACACACCCACCGAGGAGCCCCUGCGGAGGGUGCAUCCGGCGAUCAGCGACGAGGCGGUGGCCACCCAAUUGCACAUGCGGCACAUGGCCCACUACCAGCAGCAGCAACAGCAGCAGCAGCAACAGCAACAACAGCAGCAGCAACAUCGCCUGUGGUUGCAGAUGCAACAGCAACAUGCCGCACCGCAGCAAUAUCCAGUUUAUCCCGCAGCCACCGCCGAUCCCGUGGCAGUGCAUCAGCAGUUGAUGAGCCACUGGAUCCGCAAUGCAGCCAUCUACCAGCAGCAGCAACAACAACAGCAGCAGCAACAUCCGCACCACCAUCACGGCCAUCCGCACCACCCGCACUCGCACUCGCACCCCCACCCACAUCACGUGCGUCCCUACCCCGCCAGCCUCCACAAUCUGCAUGCCGCGGUGGUGGGUCGCCACUACGGACCCAUGCCCACUCUGAAGCUGGGUGUUGCCGGUGGGGCAGGUGGUGUUGCCAGUGGGGCAACCGGCAGCAGUCGCCCCAAGAAGCAGUUCAUCUGCAAGUACUGCAACCGGCAGUUCACCAAGUCGUACAACCUGCUCAUCCACGAAAGGACACACACGGACGAGCGACCCUACUCGUGCGACAUCUGCGGCAAGGCCUUCAGGCGGCAGGAUCAUCUGAGGGACCACCGCUACAUCCACUCCAAGGACAAGCCCUUCAAGUGCAGCGACUGCGGCAAGGGCUUUUGCCAGUCGCGCACCCUGGCCGUGCACAAGGUGACCCAUCUGGAGGAGGGUCCGCACAAGUGCCCCAUCUGCCAGAGGAGCUUCAACCAGCGGGCCAACCUGAAGAGUCACCUGCAGAGUCACAGUGAGCAGAGCACAAAGGAGGUGACCCCAACCUCCCCAUCCCCGUCGCAUUCCCUGCCAAGCCAGGCAUUGAGGUCACCUCAACCUGAGAACUUGGCACAACACCUGCCCGUUCUGGAUCUAUCCUCGUCGUCGUCGAGCUCCGAGAAACCCAAGCGAAUGCUGGGCUUCACCAUCGAUGAGAUCAUGAGCAGAUAGAUUGACGGGACAAGCAAGCCGAACAACCUGGUUUCUGUUGAUUCAAGAGAGAUUCAAGAAGAGAUUCGGAGAGCUGGACGCCGCCAGGCAUGGGAAAUGCCUGGAUUGGAAAAUCAACCGAGUCCGGCUCACAUUCUGGCCAAAGGUGCAAGUGGAAGAGCCUCGCCAGCAAUUCGCAAUCGCAAUCGCAACCCAGUGAGCAGAAGAGUCAUUCUCCGUGCAAUCGGUUCUAUAUCAGCCACGGAUAUAGCAACCCCGAUUGCAUUUAACAAAUGCCAAAGCCAAAUAGCAGAGGAAAACUGAUGAAAAAUCUAAAGAAAAGUAUUGCUAGCACAAGCCUCCUACAAAACAAUUCCAAAACACACACACAAUUGUAAACUAUACAUUUAAAUAAAUACCAUAUAAUUGUAAUUAUACCUUAACUAUAUAUUAUCGUACCUUAUAGUCGUAGUAGCCCAUUCAGUGUGUAAAGUUUAUGGAGUAAACCAAAUGUUAUGUUACAAUAGUUCAAUCACACAAACCUCAAACCCACUUUGGUUAUUGAAAGACUGUUUUAAAUAUUAUAUUUCAAUUUAUUUGAAUAAAUCAAUCGAUGGAUUGUGUAAUGUUAAA